GCGGCGGUGGCGCAGCAUGGCGGCGGCCACGACCCAUGUCCCCGGCGGCAGCUCCGCGGCCGUGCGGCUGCCCCGGUCGCCACCCAUCAAGGUGCUAGCUGAGCAGCUGCGGCGCGACGCGACGGGUGGCCCGGGCGCUUGGCGGCUGUCCCGGGCGGCAGCGGGCCGCGAGCCGCUGGAGCUGGCGGCCGUGUGGAUGCAGGGCACGGUGGUGGAAGCGGGCGGCGGCGAGGCGCGCCUGCGGGACCCGAGCGGCGCCUUCUCGGUGCGCGGCCUGGACCGGGUGCCGCGCGGGCGGCCCUGCCUCGUCCCAGGGAAGUACGUGAUGGUCAUGGGAGUGGUUCAGGCCUGCAGCCCUGAGCCAUGCCUUCAGGCUGUGAAGAUGACAGAUCUUUCUGAUAACGCCAUCCAUGAAAGCAUGUGGGAACUGGAAGUGCAAGAUCUGCAUAGGAGCAUGCCUUAAAUGAUAUGGAAACUGGCCCACAAAACCAGCCCGGGGCCAGAGUCGUGCCAUCUCAGGUAAACCUCCCCUGUGAUACCAAAAUACCAUCUGGAUGCAGGUUCAAGUCCUGGCUGCUCCACUUCCCAUCCAGCUCCCUGCUAAUGGGCUGGGAUGGCAGUGGAAGAUGGCCCAAGUGCUGAAGCCCUGUGCCUGCAUGGGAGUUAUGGGCUUCUGGCUUUGGCCUGACCCUGCCUUCUGGGGAGUGUACCGAUGGAUAGAAGAUCGAAUUCUCUGUUUCUCCCUUAGCUGUUUCAGAUCACACACACACACACGCGCAAGUUCAGUGUGAAAGGCUUUGGGCACAUGUGUUUCUCACAGACUGUGCUUUGGUGGACCAGGGAACCCGGAUGCAGAAACCAGCCAGUACUAGGAUUCUCUGUAGGAUGCUUGCUACCGAGCAGAUGUUGUGUUCCUUUUUUUUCUCUUUGGGGUUUGUGUGUGUGUCAAUCUUUCUCUGAAGCACACAGAACUCUCAUGUUGCAUUUUGCAAAUUUUACGAGCGAUGAUACUUUCUGCAUGACUACAGGCUCCCUGUUACACGAUACCAGAUUGGAUUCUCAGUCAUCGCCCAGGAUGAU